CAUCUUUGUUGAUGUGUCAGCUCCGCGGGGCUUUAGGGGAAGCAGGGCGGAGAGCGAGCGAUCGGCCGGCCCUGGUCUCCAGCGUUGACUCUCCCGCGCGCUCCGAGUCUGCGGGGAUCCCGCCAUGGAGAAGCUGGUCCUCUGAGCCGCAGCUCUAGCGGCCUCGUUGGGUUGCGACCUGGGGCUGGGAGAAGUAUGAUGUAAAACGAAGAUCAAGAGCAGACUGGAAGAAACACAGAGUGAAGUGGUGCCAGUCAGCAUGUCAGAGAGAGAGCCCAGAGCCCUGACGUGCUCCGGUGCAGGUCCUGGGCAAACACCUGAACUGAAGGCAGAGCCCAGAGUCCCCGCGUGCUCUGGUGCAGGUCCUGGGCAAACAUCUGAACUGAAGGCAGAGCCCAGAGUCCCCGCGUGCUCUGGUGCAGGUCCUGAGCAAACACCUGAACUGAAGGCAGAGCCCAGAGUCCCUGCAUGCUCUGGUGCAGGUUCUGGGCAAACACCUGAACUGAAGGCAGAGCCCAGAGUCCCCGCGUGCUCUGGUGUAGGUCCUGAGCAAACACCUGAACUGAAGGCAGAGCCCAGAGUCCCCGCGUGCUCUGGUGCAGGUCCUGAGCAAACACCUGAAUUAAAGACAGAGCCCAGAGUCCCCGCGUGCUCUGGUGCAGGUUCUGGGCAAACACCUGAACUGAAGGCAGAGCCCAGAGUCCCCGCGUGCUCUGGUGCAGGUUCUGAGCAGACAUCUGAACUGAAGGCAGAGCCCAGAGUCCCCGCGUGCUCUGGUGCAGGUCCUGAGCAAACACCUGAAUUAAAGACAGAGCCCAGAGUCCCCGCGUGCUCUGGUGCAGGUUCUGGGCAAACACCUGAACUGAAGGCAGAGCCCAGAGUCCCCGCGUGCUCUGGUGCAGGUCCUGAGCAGACAUCUGAACUGAAGGCAGAGCCCAGAGUCCCCACGUGCUCUGGUGCAGGUCCUGGGCAAACACCUGAACUGAAGGCAGAGCCCAGAGUCCCCGCGUGCUCUGGUGCAGGUUCUGGGCAAACACCUGAACUGAAGGCAGAGCCCAGAGUCCCCGCGUGCUCUGGUGCAGGUUCUGAGCAGACAUCUGAACUGAAGGCAGAGCCCAGAGUCCCCACGUGCUCUGGUGCAGGUCCUGGGCAAACACCUGAACUGAAGGCAGAGCCCAGAGUCCCCGCGUGCUCUGGUGCAGGUUCUGGGCAAACACCUGAACUGAAGGCAGAGCCCAUAGUCCCCGCGUGCUCUGGUGCAGGUCCUGAGCAAACAUCUGAACUAAAGGAAGACUUAUGCAACUCAUUUCUUGGUGACAAAGGCAGCAGAGUAGAAACCGAAUCUAAAUUAUUGUCAUUAAACUGUGACAAAAUCUUGUUUGCACCUAAUGAGCACAGUAGCCCAAGUGAGGUACAGGAAGACCGUCUUCCAGACCAUGGAGGAGGAGGGGGUUCUUGUGCUGAGACAGACAUAUGCCCAGGAAAUGGUGGACAAAUUGCUAACUCUCCUAGUGGAGAUUUUGCAAAGCAAGUAUCAAAGACAAAUGAAACAGAACAGUCAGUCACACAGAUACUAGCAGAAUUAAGGUCAUCUACUUUUACGGAAGCUGCUAAUCAAAAGACUUACUCAGCAAGUCCCUAUGAUACAGAGUGCACCAAGAAACUUAUUUCAAAAAUAAAGAAUGUUUCAGCAUCAGAGGAUUUGUUGGGAGAGAUAGAAUCUGAGCUCUUAUCUGCGGAGUUUGCAGAACACCGAGUGCCAAAUGGAAUGAAUAAAGGAGAACACGCAUUAGUUUUGUUUGAAAAGUGUGUGCAAGAUAAGUAUUUGCAGCAGGAACAUACUAUAAAAAAGUUAAUUAAAGAAACUAAGAAGCAUCAGGAGCUCAUCUUAGACAUUUGUUCAGAAAAAGACAAUUUAAGAGAAGAGCUGAAGAAAAGAACAGAAACAGAGAAGCAGCAUAUGAGCACAAUUCAACAGUUAGAAGCCAGAAUAGAGGAACUUAAUAAAGAAGUGAAAGCUUCCAGAGAGAAGCUAGCAGCUCAAGACCUUGCAGCUAAAAACACGAUUCAGCAGUUACACAAAGAGAUGGCCCAGCGGAUGGAGCAGGCCAAUAAGAAAUGUGAAGAGGCACGCCAGGAAAAAGAAGCGAUGGUAAUGAAGUAUGUAAGAGGUGAGAAGGAAUCUUUAGACCUUCGAAAGGAAAAAGAGAUACUUGAGAGGAAACUUAGAGAUGCAAAUAAGGAAUUUGAGAAAAGCACUAACAAAAUUAAGCAGCUUUCUCAGGAGAAAGGACGAUUGCAGCAACUGUAUGAAACAAAGGAAGGUGAAACUACUAGACUCACCAGAGAAAUAGACAAAUUAAAGGAGGAUAUCAGCUCUCACAUAAUUAAAGUCAAGUGGGCACAGAACAAACUAAAGGCUGAGAUGGACUCACACAAGGAAACCAAAGAUAAACUCAAAGAAACAGCAACAAAGUUAACCCAAGCAAAGGAAGAAGCAGACCAGAUAAGACAGAACUGUCAGGACAUGAUCAAAACCUACCAGGAAUCAGAAGAAAUUAAGUCAAAUGAGCUUGAUGCAAAGCUUAGAGUCACUAAAGGAGAACUUGAAAAACAAAUGCAAGAAAAAUCUGACCAGCUAGAAAUGCAUCAUGCCAAAAUAAAGGAACUGGAAGAUCUGAAGAGGACGUUUAAGGAAGGGAUGGAUGAGCUGCGGACACUGAGAACAAAGGCAAAAUGUCUAGAAGAUGAGCGAUUAAGAACAGAAGACGAAUUAUCAAAGUACAAGGAAAUCAUUAAUCGUCAAAAAGCCGAAAUUCAGAAUCUGUUGGAUGAAGUGAAGAGCGCAGCCCGGCUGCAGGAGCAGCUUCAGAGAGGUAAACAAGAAAUUGAAACUUUGAAGGAAGAAGUGGAAAGUCUUAAUACCUUGAUUAAUGAUCUACAGAAGGACAUUGAAGGCAGUAGGAAAAGAGAAUCUGAGCUCCUACUGUUUACAGAAAAGCUCUCUAGUAAGAAUGCUCAGCUGCAGUCUGAAUCCAAUUCUUUGCAGUCACAGUUUGAUAAACUGUCCUGUAGUGAAAGUCAGUUACAAAGCCAAUGUGAGCACAUGAAACAGACAAAUGUUAAUUUGGAAAGUAGAUUGCUAAAAGAAGAAGAACUAAGGAAAGAGGAAGUCCGGGCUCUGCAAGCUGAACUGACUUGUACACGGGCAGAAAUUAAAGCUUUGAGUACCCAGGUUGAGGAACUGAAAGAUGAAUUAGUGACCCAGAGGCGUAAGCAUGCCUCUAAUACCAAGGAUCUUACCAAACAACUCCAACAAGCGCGAAGAAAAUUAGAUCAGGUUGAGAAUGGAGGCUGUGACAAAGAAGUUAGCAGCAUGGGGAGUCGCUCUAGCUCAUCAGGGUCCCUUAAUGCUCGCAGCAGUGCUGAAGAUCGAUCUCCUGAAAAUACCGGAUCAUCAGUAGCUGUGGACAGCUUUCCAGAAGUGGACAAGGCCAUGCUGAUCGAGAGGAUAGUUAGGUUGCAAAAAGCACAUGCCAGGAAAAAUGAAAAGAUUGAAUUUAUGGAAGACCACAUCAAACAAUUGGUAGAAGAAAUAAGAAAAAAAACAAAAAUCAUUCAGAGUUACAUUUUACGAGAAGAAGCAGGCACCCUUUCCUCAGAAGCCUCUGACUUUAACAAGGUCCACUUGAGCAGACGUGGUGGUAUCAUGGCAUCUUUAUACACAUCCCACCCUGCUGACAGUGGGCUAACACUGGAACUCUCUUUAGAAAUCAACAGAAAAUUACAGGCUGUUUUGGAGGAUACAUUACUAAAAAACAUUACUUUGAAGGAAAAUCUACAAACACUUGGAACAGAAAUAGAACGACUUACUAAACACCAGCAUGAACUGGAGCAGAGGACAAGGAGAACCGAGCACAAAGCGCUUGCUCAGUAAAUGGACGGGAGGCACAGAGCGGCACGUGCCACUGACCAGUGUCAUUGGGAAAUGUUCCCUGCUUUGUGUGUCAGUCAGUCAACAAUUUGUUUUGCUUCACUGCAUAAAAAUGUGUGGGUGCAUUGCUUUUGUGAGUGGGUGCAUUGCUGAGUAUGCAGUAGAAAUGUAAGUGUGAUGACCUGUUCUAUAUAUUUCAGUCAGUUCCGUUGCCUGAGACUGAAUCUAAACAUCUUAACUUCUUAUAGUAGGACAAGGCUUUAAAAUAAAACCACCCUUUGCCACACUUCUUCCCUUUAAAUAUAUAUAAUGGCAAAAAUGAUUCAGUCUUUUAAAAUUAUGCAUGAAAAGAAAGGUGUUGAUCAUUCAGCAAUUCACUAUUUCUGCCCCCCCCCAAAAU